GCCAAACUUUUACCAUUAAGAUUUUACAUCGACCAGGAUGCAUUAAAUUUUGUGAUUAAGUUUUUUUCAUACCGGGGUCCUACCAACGAUUCUUCUCAGCAACAUGCUGAAGACGAAACAUAUUUCCGUAAGUUAUAUUUAACCAUUUUAUUGCAUUAUAUAAUAUUUGCAAUAUUUGUUAAUUAUUUUAUCAUACACUUUAAAGAACUCUUCGAAAUUCAACCAAUUGUAAUGAAGUUGGACUACAAACCAAAACAUAUUGAUUAUUCUAGUUUAAAAGAAGGCAAUUUGGUUGAAUUAAUGAAUAUUUUCCAUCUUGAAGCUGCGGAAAUGACAUUGAGAGGCCUUAAAUUAACAGGAGUUAAAGGUGUAUCACGUUUAUUAGAAGACUUGGGUUCAGCAUGGCUGCCGCAUAUAACUAAUACGCAAGUUCCUAAUGUUGUAUCGGGUGUUGCUCCAAUACGGUCUUUGGUAAACAUAGGUUCAGGAGUUGCAGAUCUUAUCUUGCUACCUAUUGAACAAUACAAAAAAGAUGGAAGGAUUAUUAAAGGUUUGUCAUUAUCUUAUUAUCAGCGUGACGUGAAUGGACAAUCCCGAGAAUUGAAAGGAACGCAGUCUUUUGCAAAGGCAACCACCAUGGAAGCAAUUAAAUACGGUACCAAACUUGCCGUUGGAACACAAAUAUUACUCGAGCAGGCGGAAGAAAUACUUUCUUUUGAGUCCCAAACAGGUAAUAGCUCGAAUGCGGACAAUAAUGAAGAGUUUGAUAGCGACGAAGAUAAAAAAUCUAGCAAAUCUAGCAGCAAAUAUGCUAAUCAACCCGCAGACAUAAGUGAAG